AGCUCGGUCAUGACAGGAGAAAGUACGCGGCAUUUUUUUUGUGUCUUUGUAACUAGUUCAUCUCAUCAAAACCUUUUCUGCUUCAAGUUGUAUUCCUAAUCAGGAAUUAACAACGCUGUUGUUAAUGCAAUAGAUUAAACAUCUAGCUAGACACUCAGUUCAUUUAUUUAAACCACGUUUAGCUAGCUGGCUAAACCGUUUCAGAGACAGCUUUCGCAGCUCGCUUUAGGGUGGGGAUUUUGGUGGAGCUCCCAAGCUGCCUACAUUAAGUGCGUGUUAUGGCAAGUGUUGCCUCCAAAACUGUGUACGACAUCUUUCAGUCCAUGGAGUACGGUGCCUCUGCUUCCACCACUGCUACUGCUGCCCGGACUUGGCUUGAGCAACACUCUCAGUCUCUUGGCCUCUUUGUUGACGGGGGAUUUGUUAGGCCGGUAGACAGGCAGACCCUCCGAGUUACUGACUCCACAGGCACAGCUCUCUGCAGUAUCUGUGCUAAGGAAGAGGAUGUUUCGGCCUGCGGCGUCUCUGCUUCUGCAGGCUUCAAGGCCUGGAGUGAGCUGAGUGCCCACCGUAGAGCUAAAGUCCUGCUCAGGUUGGCCAACACACUGCAGAGAUACAGCCAGUGCAUGUCUGAGCUGUGUGUCCUGUCUGAGUGUCCCUGCUCCUCUUCUGCCCUGGUCAGACUGGCUCACUACUAUGCUGGCUGGGCUCAACUCCGAGACACACUAAUGCCUAACUGGACACCACGAGGUGUGGUUGCUAUAGUUGUUUCAGCUGACUGCCAAUUUUACUCCAUUUGGCUUAAGGUCUUGCCUGCUCUGGCUAUGGGCAAUGCUGUCAUUGUGGUCCCUGGAGUGAAAAUGGCUGCCCCUGCCCUCUUAUUGGCUCAAGUGUUUAUGGAGGCGGGACUUCCUGCUGGAGUGCUGAAUGUAGUGACUGGUGAUUGCGCUCUGGUUGCCAGAGUGGCUCAGAGCAUUCAUACCAGCUACCUGACGUUCUGUGGGAGCAAGCAGGAUGGAGAGCUUCUAGCAAAGCAGCUGGCCGGUUGGGGUGUGCCCACAUCCCUCAGCCUUUCUGUCAGUGCUGUGUGCCCUUUUAUCAUCUUUGAGUCUGCAGACAUCGACAGUGCUGUGGAUGGAGUGAUUGAGGCAGCAUUCAAAAAGAACAAAGAUUGGCAGUGGGUGCUGUGUGUGCAGGAGUCCAUGUGGGACAGUGUAGUGGGCAGACUGAAACUGAGGAUGACUGGAAUGAAGUGUGUCCCUCUGGCUAGUGAGGCACACAGGAGCCUGGUAGAAACUGCAGUGCAGCAGGCCGUCCAACAGGGGGCGACACUGAUCCAGUCCUGUCCCCCACCUUCCACUGGUGGUCUCUAUCCUCCCACGGUUCUGUGUGGGCUGGCUCCGCCUUGCUCUGCAGUGACCACGCCACCUCCAGGGCCUCUUCUACCCCUCCUCUCCUUCAGGAGUGUAGUUGAGGGGGUUACUCUGGGUAACCACAGUCCUCACGGCCAAGCUGCAUCUAUCUGGACUGAAGACUUGACCUUAGCUUUGGAGACUGCCAGGAGUUUGAAAGUAGGUUCAGUGUGGGUGAAUAGUCACUCUGUGACUGACCCCUCCCUCCCGCAGUCUGGACGGAGAGACAGUGGGAACUGCACCAACGGGGGCAAAGAGGGUCUGUAUCAGUUCCUGUGCCCGUCCCUCACACCCCGUAUGCCCCGCUCCACGCCCCGCUCCUUGGAUUACAGCGCAUUUGGUACGGCUGCCUCCACGUUCAUGGUUCCUGAGGGCUUUGAUCCAUCCAGUGUCCCUCGUUCCUGCUCACAGUUCAUUGGUGGUAAGCUUUGUAAGGCUGAUUCUGGCUGCAUUAGGGUAGUGAGUUCGCCAGGGGGUGCUGUGUUGGCUUACUGUGCUGAUGGAGGAAGGAAGGACAUACGUAAUGCUGUGGAGGCAGCCUUAAAAGUCCAGCCAGGGUGGCUUAGGAAGAGCUCCGCUGCACGCGCGCAGUCCCUCUAUGCUCUUGCUGACAGUUUGGACAAGAGAAGGCGGGACAUGGCUGCGUCCAUCCAGGCUCAGACAGGCAUCUCUAUGGAUGAAGCAAAUGAGGAGGUGGAGCUUAGCAUCUCCAGGCUUUCUGAUUGGGCUGCACGUUGUGAUAAACAAAGUGGAGUAGUGCCACCCCUUCCACAGACUGGAUCUGCCUUCUUAAUACCAGAGGCAUUAGGAGUUGUGGGUAUUGUGCUCCCAGACACAAGGCCUCUCCUCUGCUUGGUGUCUCUGUUGGGGGCAGCUGUUGCCAUGGGCAACGCUGUCAUAAUGGUGCCAAGUGAAAAGCACCCCCUUCCAGCCAUCGAUUUCAUUCAAAUUCUUCAGGUGUCAGACAUUCCUGGUGGUGUGGUUAGUAUCAUUACUGGUGGAAGGGAUCAGCUGACCCAGGCACUGGCCAAUCACAGUGAAAUUCAGGCCAUAUGGUAUUGGGGCUCUGUGGAAGGUUGUCAGUUUCUUCAGUACACCUGUUGCAGUCCACUGAAGCGUAUGUGGCUGCACUGUGAGGAAGAGGUGGAUGAGGAGGGAGGAAGAUACUGGACCCACCCAAGUCCCUCGUUCGAGGAGGAAAUGUGGAGGGAGGCUGUGGUGUGGAAGAGUGUGUGGAUCCCUACUGCUUAGCAACGCAGAGAGCAAAGAUUUAAAAAGUGAAAUUGAGGCUGAAGUGGUUGGGGUGAAGGAGAAUUUGACAAGAAAACAUUGGGAGGUUUUUUGGUGGGCUUUUCUUUUAUUCUUAAAGGAAAAAUUAUGUUCCCUAUGGUUAAGUUUGCUUUUUAAUUCUUGGAGGUAACAGCCUCUUAAUAUAACAUAUUAUUUUGGAGUAAUAAAUAAGGGUUAGUGUUCCUGGGAGAUUACAGAGGAACAUAUUGUUAGACAAAAUGAAGAAGCAAAAUGGUUUAUAAUUCUGCAUUUGGUGCAAGUAUCAGUUCCCUCCCACCAUGCUACCAUUUGUAAAGUGGGAAAUGGUUUGAAACCAGCUGACGCUGCGUUCUGUUGCUACCUCAAACGAACUCUGCAGUUUUCCUUUGAACAGUGAGCCUCAGAUGUAGUGCUUUGUCCAGACAUGCAAGUAAUUCAUAUCAUAUUAAAAAUGUCUAGCAACAAUUUAAUUUCCUUGUUGAUCAACCUGUACCAAGUCCGUGUUUUUGCAGGUAAACCAGACCAAACGGAGAAGGUGGUUUUAGAGCAAUUAAGAGAUCAAACAAUGCCAUUCUGAUGAGGUCUAAAUAACUAACAAAUUACUGAUGUCCUUCAUUAAAACUAAGAUAAUGAGUAAAUAUUAAGAGAUGUAGUAGAUUAGAAUUUAGUAUGAACAUGGACUACUUGUAACUUGAUAAUAUACUACUACUUUGUUAAUGAAGUCAUUUGAUAUGUAUAUUUUAAAAAAUACUAAAGGAGGUCUUUGUUCCUCCACAUCUUUUUAUCAUUAACUUUGAAUUUACUCUUGAAGUGAAUGCUUUACGAUUAAUAUUGAUCUAUACCAUUUGAGAUUUACGAGAGAGCUGACUGGCUGUAGAGGAUUUCUGAUGUCAUUUUGUUCCAUGAUGAAAUCUAUUCCAUUUAGUCAUGCUAUGACACUUGUUGACUGGCUGUCACUGAUGUAAGGGCAGAGAGCUACAAACCUCUAUAGAGCCAGUCAUUCUGAACAAGACAGUUUGUGAGCGCAAGCUACAUAGUUUAGAUCUAGUUUAGCUCGCUACAAACCAAUGGGCCUUACUUUUCAGAUCCUUUUUGGCAAGCACUUGUGUGUUCCUGGUUUCUGCACAUAUGAAAACAUGAAGGGCGUGAUAAUUUGUUGAUGUGUAAUGACAGGGACUCACUAUGUUUAAACAUGACUGUUGAGCUACACCCUGUUUUGGAUACAACCAGUACACCAGGGGUGCCCAGCUCUGUCUCUGGAGAUGUGAAAUGUCAUACAGUUAGCUCUAUAUUCAGAUACUACAGAAGGCCUGGAUUUGGGUUGGAACUAAACACUGCAGGGUAGAUCUUCCCAACUGGAAUCAGGCACCACUACCUGAAGAUUGCAGAGUCUGCUGGGGCCAACUAGCAAAGUUCCCAUCUUUGUUAAGGAAGAGAGGUCUUUAAUGAGAUGAUUUUGACCUGGAAUAUAACAGCCUCGUAAACACAGUGUGGGUAAUAUGUUACUCACAUUUGGCCUUGAUGUGCCAUGAAACUGCAUAUCAUGGGGAUAUUUCUGAUUCAACUUAUCUGCUAGUUAUCAAACCAUUAUCAAUUACAGUUACUGGUAAUUAUGUGUUAAUUAGGUUAGUGGAGGGGAAAUACUCAACUGUGCAGUGCUCCGGUUCUUUGGAUGUAGAUUUGCAUAACAGGACUGAAUUCUGACUUGAGUCUUGCUGCAGUGGGUGGUAUUAUACUUCAGUUCAAAGAGUGUACCCUUUCCCUCAAUGACUAUAUUUUUAAUAAUAAAUUUAGUCCUUAAUCACUGUAAUGGAUAUUAAGAGUUAUUACACUUAAUUAAACGGUUACAAUCUUG